AUGGCGUUCUCCAAGAGCCCUAAUACCGCCUCGGGCCUCAAGCCUAAAAACAAACUGCGCCGACAGGCCGCAUUCCUCUCCAUCAAGAAGGCGCGCGAAUCCGAAAAGAGAGACGCAAGACUUCGUCGCAAGCGCGAAGAAGAAAAAAAUCCAGCCCUACGAGAAGAAAGAUUAGCACAAAACAAGCCUGCGACUAUCGACGGCAAGCGUGUGUGGGAUGAACCCGUCGGUGACGAAGAGGAUGCGCUGGGGUGGGCGAUAGACGUAGAAAGACUUGCGAAGAGGAGGAAGGUGGAGCAAGAGGAGACUGCACAGAAGGAGGGUGAAGACGGCGAAGAAGAGGGCAUACUGGCGAAAUUGAAGAAGCGCGAUCAAGCGACGGAGGGAGAUAGCGACGAUGAGGACAUGGACGACGAAGCAGACAGCAUGCUUGACGAAUCUGAGCCUGAAUCUGAGCUUGACUCCGACGAUUCGGACUUGGAUUCGGACGCCGCCUCGUCCAAGCCCGGAAAACGCGCCUCCAGUCCCAGCGCCACAUCCACCGCAACAAACCUUGAGCUAUCACCCGAGUUCCUGAAGCAAAAGUUCCCAUCCAUAUUCAACCCUCGUACCGACGACCCACAGAUUCUGAUCACAACGAGCAUCAACUCGACGCUCCACAAAGAAGCCGAAAUCCUCACUUCGCUCUUCCCCAACAGCACCUACAUAAGACGGACGCAGCACGUACACGCACACAAGUAUAGCGUCAAGGAGAUUGCAGGUUUCGCCAGCGCAAGAGGAUACACAGCGCUUGUCAUCCUAAUGCAAGCCGAACACGAGAAGAAGCCCGACGGGUUGGACAUUGUCACCCUUCCCGACGGACCGCAUUUCCAUUUUUCUCUUACAAAUUGGGUCGAGGGAAAGAAGCUACCCCGACAUGCGAACGACACGGGACACUACCCUGAGCUGAUCCUAAACCAAUUCAAGACACCACUCGGUAUCCUCACAGCACAUCUGUUCCAGAACAUGUUCCCAGCGAAACCCGAAUUAGAGGGCCGUCAAGUCCUCACAUUACACAAUCAGCGCGAUUACAUCUUCGUGCGAAGGCAUCGCUACGUCUUCCGUGAUAAGCGAGAGAGCGAGAAACCCAUCUUGGGAUCUGAUGGCAAGCCACUACCAGGCGUCGAGGAUGUCAAAGUGGGUAUGCAAGAGAUUGGACCCAGAAUGACACUCAAACUCCGCAGAAUAGAUCGCGGAAUCCAGUUCAAGAGCGGCCAGGAAUGGCAGUGGAAGGGACGUAUGGAGAAGAAGAGGACGAGGUUCAACAUGUAG